AAAGAUCAGCAGCAAUGAAGGCCUUUCUCCUUUCCGUAUUCUACCUGCUCAUUGUAGGCCAUGAGACCAAAGUGUUUGAUGCCUGUGAACUGUUUUAUCUACUGAGAAGUUAUGGAAUGGACUCCUCUACAUGGACUGGUUUACAUCAAUGUGAGUUCAUGGGGUAUACAACUUCCACCCUACUGGUAUGAUUAACUUAGAUGCAUUUUGCAGUAUGUGAUUUCAGUUUCCUCCCGUUUCGCUUUUCUGAAGAAAGUGUGUGUCAUGCAUUGUCAUGCAUAUAUUUUUUUGUUUAAAAGUAAUUAUCCUUAUUAACACUUACGAUCCUUUUUCAAAUAGUGUGGUGAAAUUGGAAAUUGGAAACUAAUAACCUAUAGAACUUGCAAGAACCAUGAGAAAGAAAUUUGUAAUAUCGUAGCAAAGUCUUAAAAGCCGUUAGAAAUGUUGUGGUGUGUACUCCCUAUUAUUUUACAAGGUUACAACAGGAAAUGCAGAAUUUUGAAUUGCUAGCUCUCAAAACUGUGAAUUGUCAACUAGCAAGAUUCAAAGGAGGCAUCACGACAUUUGAAAAGUUUUAGAAGUUGUUAGAAAUGUUUAUAGUCACCCUGUGAGCCCUUUGAAAGGCAGAAUAUAAACCAAAUAGAAUAAAAUGAUAUAUACUACUUGCUAUUUUAUAAUGUUACAACAAGAAAGAUUGAAUGAGUCACAUAUGUUAAGGCAGAAUUGUUAAUAUCAAUUAUUUUAAAGCUUUUAAACUGAAUCUGGAGCUGAAAUUGGAGUUAUUUUUAAAAUCCCAUCCUAUAUCAAUGUUUUGGAGCUGGUUUUAUUAUUUAAAAUAUAUUCCACAUUUCUGAUUUUUAUACCAUGCUUCUAUAACCAGUUGUCUGUUUGGCUACAUUUGCAAGUAACUUGACUACCAACUACUUUACAAGUGAAGGCGACCAUCCAUACUAUGGAUUAUUCCGACUGAAUGGUGCCAAAUGGUGCAGUAAUGGGAAGCAAGCCUCGAAGAACAAAUGCAGCAUUGCCUGCGAUAGUAAGUGACUCCUUAUAAACCUUUGCCAUGUGUGACUCAAGAUCACCAGGUUAUUCCUUAUUAUUAAGAAGUGUUAAAGGCUUAAGCUAGUUGGAAUGUAACCAGAAUGGACCCUAUGGGAGGAAUUUAACAUAGUGCAAUUGUUCCAUCAGUGCAUGCAUUUCAGCUUGCCAGGAGGAAUGAUUCCCCUUCUCCUAACCUCAUGCAUUGUCCUGGGGUUUCUCCUGAUCUCUUCAAGCCAAUUCGGGAGCACACAGGGGGGAGCCGGUUGUGCUGGUGGGACUCAUUAGCUUUUGUUGUUGUUGUUGUUUAGUCGUUUAGUCGUGUCCGACUCUUCGUGACCCCAUGGACCAGAGCACGCCAGGCACUCCUGUCUUCCACUGCCUCCAGCAAUUUGGUCAGACUCAUGUUUGUAGCUUCGAGAACACUGUCCAACCAUCUCGUCCUCUGUCGUCCCCUUCUCCUUGUGCCCUCCAUCUUUCCCAACAUCAGGGUCUUUUCCAGGGAGUCUUCUCUUCCCAUGAGGUGGCCAAAGUAUUGGAGUCUCAGCUUCAGGAUCUGUCCUUCCAGUGAGCACUCAGGGUUGAUUUCCUUCAGAAUGGAGAGAUUUGAUCUUCUUGCAGUCCAUGGGACUCUCAAGAGUCUCCUCCAGCACCAUAAUUCAAAAGCAUCAAUUCUUUGGUGAUCAGCCUUCUUUAUGGUCCAGCUCUCACUUCCAUACGUCACUACUGGGAAAACCAUAGCUUUGACUAUAUGGACCUUUGUUGGCAAGGUGAUGUCUCUGCUUUUUAAGAUGCUGUCUAGGUUUGCCAUCGCCUUUCUCCCAAGGAGCAGGCGUCUUUUAAUUUUGUGACUGCUGUCACCCUCUGCAGUGAUCAUGGAGCCCAAGAAAGUAAAAUCUCUCACUGCUUCCAUUUCUUCCCCUUCUAUUUGCCAGGAGGUGAUGGGCCCAGUGGCCAUGAUCUUCGUUUUUUUGAUGUUGAGCUUCAGACCAUAUUUUGCGCUCUCCUCUUUCACCCUCAUUAAAAGGUUCUUUAAUUCCUCCUCACUUUCUGCCAUCAAGGUUGUGUCAUCUGCAUAUCUGAGGUUGUUGAUAUUUCUUCCAGUGAUCUUAAUUCCGGCUUGGGAUUCAUCCAGCCUAUCUUUUCACAUGAUGAAUUCUGCAUAUAAGUUAAAUAAGCAGGGAGACAAUAUACAGCCUUGCCGUACUCCUUUCCCAAUUUUGAACCAAUCAGUUGUUCCAUACCCAGUUCUAACUGUAGCUUCUUGUCCCACAUAGAGAUUUCUCAGGAGACAGAUUAGCUUUACUAACUAGCUUUACUAAUACUAUUUUAAUAAUAUUUAUACCCCACCCACUCUGGGCGGCUUCCAAUGCAUAUAAAAACAGAAUCAAACAUCAAACAUAAAAAACUUCACAAUACAGGGCUGCCUUCAGAUGUCUUCUAAAAGUUGUAUAAUUAUUUAUCUCUUUGACAUCUGGCAGGUGCCACUACCGAGAAGGCCCUCUGCCUGGUUCCCUGUAACAUCACUUCCCAUAGUUAGGGAACCGCCAAAAGACUUCCGUGUCUGGGCUGAACAAGGGGGUUGGAGACGCUCCUUCGGGUAUACAGGGCAACACUGUUGAGGGCUUUAAAGUUCAGUACCAGCACUUUGAAUUGUGCUCUGAAACGUGAGCCAGUGAAGACCCUUUAGCUGCCAAAUUUUGGAUUGGUUUUAGUUUCCAAGUCACCUUCAGAUGUAGCCUUACAAAAGUCCAAGUGGGAGCAUGGACCACUCUGGCAAGACAGUCUGCGGGCGGGUAGGGUCUUAGCCCCCAUCCACCCGCUAUCCCCUCAAAAUAGUACUUGCCAGGAUUCAGCCUCAAUCUGUUAACCACCAUCCAUCCUCCAACCACCUCCAGACACUCACAGCCAGUUGAAAUUAAUUAAUAUGACUAAGUUAGGUCCAUUAAUUCCAGUUCCCCAUGAUCCUUCCUUCCUUCCUUCCCCUCUCUUUGUGUGGAAGGCUUUCAGACUCCUUUAUCAUCUGGGUGGCUCUUCCUUUUUCUUUCAUAUGUUAUUUUAUUAGUUUCCCUAUAUUAAUCCAAUUAUACAAAUUAUACCAAUACCAAUUGAUUCCAAAUUAAUUCCAAUUAAUUCCAAAUUAUGUAAUGCGAUUUAAUCAAUCAAUCAAUCAAUCAAUCUUUAUUACGGUCCAGAGACCCAACAAAUCGUUACAAAGCAAUGCACAAUUCAGACAGGCGAUCUGGUUGCGACAUCUGUCACCCCAUUGAUCGCCAGGGUUGAUUCGGCUGAUCUGGCUGGCUAGGCAGGUGUCCCCUUCCUCCCUCACCGCUCCAUGUGUGUCCCUUCCGAAGUUGCGCACUCGGUGGAAGAGGACGACCAUCCCAGAUAGAAGGAGUGUACCGAUCUUCGGUCAAGGGUAUAUGAUAGCUGUGCUCCUCUGCUAGAACCUCCAAACAAGCUCAAUUUAAUUAAAGUGGUUUGCCGCGCUCCAUAGUGCAUUAUAUUACUGCGAUUCAUAUUCUUAUUAGCUUCUAAUUACAUUCCAAUUGAUAUUAGAAUCACUUAGAUAGCAGCUGCAUUCUUAAAGAUUUCUGUUCCUGUUAUUAUGUUAUUUAACUUUUCAAAGAAUUUCAAGUGAGGAGCUCUGACUUUUUUCUUUUCAGUCAGCAUGUGCCAGUCUAAUAUGUCCAACUGUUCGUACCCUUGGCUUUGUUUGCUGCCCCGUCCUUGAGGUUCAUCUGCUGCUCUAGGGUGGAGCUAUAAUCCCAGAGUUUCUCGAGGUUUCUCAGUUUAGCUCCAUCCCACAAUGCUCCCAUACUGCUUGGCUUCUCCAGACAAACAACAGUCUACAGCAGUCUACUCCUUCCCGCUGAUCAGUUUUGAAGCUUUGCCAUUUCCUCCUCAGCCUGUUUCAAGCAUAGCCGCAGGUAGUCUGGCAGCUCUUUCCUUUUGAUUCACCACCAUCCUUAAAGCCUCUGUUUGUCCACAGCCACCAAAUUCCUUUCAUCUUUAUGACUGCAUUUUCUGGCCAAUGUCCUUCCUCUAAGGCUGUAUCUCAACUCCUCUUGGUCUCUUGGUCUCUUUUCUUUUUCCAUUGUUUUUGAGGGGUGGGUGGGGAUCAGCUCUGAUUUCACAAGAUGAUCCAUUCAAACAAUAGAACUCCCCCCACUUCCAUCACUUUAAACCACACACAGCUUCAGCUGUUCUUUUAAUCUCAAUAUUACUCCAUACAAUAAUCCAUCCUCACUUGUAUAUCUUUAAAACUUGCAUUUGAUGGCGUCUCCUCUGGUGUAUGCCUUACUUUAUGCCAAUUAAAAUCCAAUUAAUAGGAGAAGCUCUGCUUCUGAAUAGCAGCAUGGGGGUUUGCGUCAGGCAAAAAGCUUUUGCACCCAGUGCCUCAGUCUGCCCCCAUAUUGCAUGCAGGAGCAGGAGCCAGGCAUCAAGGUGAUCUGUGGGUGAAGUCUGUUCCUCCCAUGCCCUGGGAUUUCCAUGCCCUGGGAAUUUUUUCAAAGAGGGCCAGAUUUGAUGACGUGAAGGGCCCCAACCUUUGAAGUUGUUGAGCUUUUUUUAGGGUUGGAGUUUUUGAGGUUUUUUACAAUUUUACCCCAGGAAAUAAACUGCCACAGGGGCCAGAUUAAACCAACCAGCGGGCUGGAUUAGGCCCCCGAAACGGACUUUGGACAUGCCUGAUUUAACCCCUUUCAUUCCCUUCUUCUUCAUCUGCAUCCCUCUGCAGUGUUGAGAGAGCCUCCUCCAUUUGGGCAGACAGGAACAAGAAACCUCUGGGUGGCUCUUCCUGGCAUGAAGAACUUUCCCUAAAGGGGACAUGAUUAAGAGUUUCCCACAGGCCUCUGGCUGGCCACUGUGAAGAUGGGCCAUUGGCCUGAUCCAGCAGGCUUGUCUUAUGUUCAUGCACGCACCAGGAAAUGAAUUAGAGGGAGAACAUGCUGUCUCACUCCCAGUUUAAACUGGAGAAUUGUUAAUCAGAUUCACACUUGGCAUUUGUGACUGUUGUGCCCACAUACUAGGCUUGCUUGGGCCAAAGGCUUAGACUCCGAGACAACCUGGAAGCUUUUACGCUAUGCACACUAAAUAACCACAAGGUAGUGUUACACCUGAUACUGAAUUGAAGAUGCCUAGUGGAGGUUUUAGGCUCAGGUUCUUCUAUCUUCAUCACAGAUUUGGAACAUGUUUCAACAAAUCAUAAUACCCCUGAGCAUAACACUGAAACAUAAUACUAUGAAGAGAUAUUUGGAAAGAACAAAUAAGCUUAUUCAUAUCUUUUAUAGAUGCUCAAAGUAGUUUCUUACUUCAAAUAUUUAUCAUCCUUUGCAAAAUUGCAGUUGCUUUUGCAGCAGCUAUUAGAGGAACAAUCCUAUAAGAUACACCAGGAUGAGCACAGUUAGGAGCCAAUGGAUCUCUGGCAGAGCUGGGAAAUUCACAGUGCAGCUGGGCUCCCUGUCCUUGGCCCAGCUGGAGAUACUACAGCAUAUUUUCCACAGCCAUGAUGCAGCCAGUUUAGCCAAAUUUGGCAGAUCUUAAGACAGAGUAAGCCCUGAAAAGGGGGCAUUCUGGGGAUGUGGUGGGGGCAGGACCAGAGGGGACUUUAGCUGAAUCCUAAGCCUGUUCAGCUCUACCAUGGGACCUGGCAACUUGGUGUUAGUUAAGGUGGCGGGAAGGGUGAUGUAGUGUAACUCUAAAGUCUGUUUUGAAGGCUUGUUUCUCCUCUGCCAGGCUUAGGCUGGCUCAGCAAGCGGUAGCCCUGCUCCUGAUUCAGAUGGUUCAGCAUGACUCUUAAUCUCAGGGUUUUGGGUUCUAGCCCCACUUUGGGCAAAAGAUUUUGCAGGUGGUUGGACUAGAUGACCCUCGUGGUCUCUUCCAACCCUACAAUUCUAUAAUUACCUAGAGUUUAGAUCUGAUACUUUACACCAGCUUGCUUAACAUCAGCUUCUUACAUGUAGAAUUGCUCCCUUAAACAUAUAUAUUGCAACACGAAAGAGUUAUAUUCAUAUUUGCUAUGGAGCAUUACCACCUAUCACAUCCAACAGUUCCUCAAACAUGGAAAGCUAACUGGAAAGAGUAAAGGUGGUUGCUUUGAGUUAAGGUAAAAGCUCACAUUCCACAUAUACACAGCUUCCAGAAUCAAAGAUCCAUGAAGUCUACCUGGACCAGGAUUUGUUUUUCCUUGACUUGCUUUUAUUAACAUCCUCCACAGAGUUCCUAGAUGAGGAUAUUAAAGAUGACACCGAGUGUGUGAAGAAAGUUAUUGGAGACAAGGAGAUAGUCAGUUCAAAACAGUUCUCUGAAUGGUGAGUAAUUGCAUCAGCUUCCCUGCAUGUAAGAAUGUUUUAAUAAGAAAAAACCAAGGAGCUAAAAAGUACCUGAAGUCCUGCUGUCUGAAGUCCCACACCCCAGCUCAGCUGGAGAUACAUUGCUGUAAGUCAUCCACCCUGAUUCAGACACCUCAGCCAAGGUUUCACCCCCUGAGCUGAAACAGGCUGAGUACCAAAACAGGGUGAGUACCAAAAAAGAGUGAGGUAGGUUGUCAUGCCCACGUUAUAUAACUCGUCUUCCAAGGAGGAUGUGGCCAAAGAUGCUCUCAAGCUCUCAGAAACUGGCAGCACUCAGGAACAGCCCAAAGCAACAGUUGAGGAGGUGUCAGGACUCUUGGAAGAGAUUGGCGAUGGUUCCUAGUUGCAGAGAGGUUGCUCUGUCAGGGCCUGUCCAAUAUAUAUUGGCACCUGAGGUGAACCACAAAUUGACCCUCCCCUCCCUGGCUCUGAAGAAGGGGUAAGUGAAGAUCUACAUCAAGAACAAGGGGGAAAUAAAGAUUUACCUUGGGAUCUGCUGCCCUUGUGGACCCUGCUGCCUGAGGUGAUCUCCUCACUUUGCCUCAUGCCUCUCUGGAGUGGAAACAGAACAACCCCUGAGUCCCUGGGAGCAAUGGUGGUUCAAGAGGCAGGCUGAGACUAUCUUACUCAAGAGAAGUGCUCAGAUGCAGUGGUGGACUCCUCAUGAGUAAAGGGCUACUCUGAGUAGGGCCUCCUCACAAUGAGGGUUUUCUGCAUCAACCUGGGCUUUAGCUGAGCUCUGCAAUGAGGUUCCGGCCUGGGGGUCCCUUCCAAUUCUACAGUGCUACGAUUCUAUGUCUCAGUAUGAGGCUGCAAGAGCAGCUGAAGCAACAUCUUCUGACUGUCUCUGUGUGCCCAGACUGUGGACUGCAUCCUGUGUUCUUGCCCAACCCGCUAGCUAUGUGCCUAAUCCCACAAGCUGUGGAUUGCAGCUUGUGGGUCUUGCUGUGGAUCCUGGUGAGCCUGAUACUUACCACUAUUUCAAAUUUCAUUCAGCACAGGCAUGUGACCUAGCAACCCAGCAGGACUUAGCCUUUGGCCAUCUCAGCUGGCAGAAGCCCCACUCCUGAAUGGAAAUGUAGCAAUUAGUGUUACCUGGUAAUCAGGGGCACCAACUAUAGCGGGCUUUGGGUGCCCGAGCACUCACAAAAAGUUUGUUGUGGGUGCUUGGCACCCACACCACAGGGCUCCAACCACAACUUCCGGUGCCUCGCAAAUCACCAGAAGUCGUGUCUUGCGAGACCUGGGAGAUGUUUUCAGAGGUCUUUCGAACUCUUGGAACCUGACUUCCGGUGGCACUGGAGGUCAGGUUCCGAGGCCGGGACACACGCGUUACAUCACAUCUAUAACCUGAGGCCCAAGACAGCUCCCCUGCUGUUAAUGGCUUGUUGACUGUUAUAAACAUUUGAUUGACUGACGUGACAUGAAGAUUGCAGGUAAAUAAUACUACUACUACUACUACUAAUAAUAAUAAUAAUAAUAGUAAUAUACUGCCCAUCUGGCUGGGUUUCCCCAGCCACUCUGCGUGGCUUCCAGAAAAAUACAAAAAAGGUAAAAAAACUUCCUGAUACAGAGCUGCCUUCAGAUGUCUUCUAAAAGUUGUGUAGUUCUUUACCUCCUUGACAUCUGAUGGGAGGGCGUUCCACGGGGUGGGUGCAACUACCCUCUGCCUGGUUCCCUGUAGCUUUGCUUCUCGCAAUGAGGGAACCGCCAAAAGACCCUCGGAGGAGGACCUAGGCUAAGUGAUGGGGGUGGAGAUGCUCCUUCAGGUAUACAGGGCCGAGGCCAUUUAGAGCUUUAAAGGUCAGCACCAACACUUCAAAUUGUGCUUGGAAACGUAAUGGGAGCCAGUGAAGGACUGGUGCUAUAUGGUCACAGUGAUCACUCCCGGUCACCAGUUGCCCCAUUCUGGAUUAGUUGUAGUUUCCAAGUCCCCUUCCAAGGUAACCCCACAUAGAGCACAUUGGAGUAGUCCAAGCGGGAGAUAACCAGAACAUGCACCACUCUGUCAAGACAGGGCGGGAGACAGGGAGGGUCUCAGCCGGGGUACCAGAUGGAGUUGGUAGACAGCUGCCCUGGACACAGAAUUGACCUGUGCCUCCAUGGACAGCUGCGAGUCCAAAAUGACUGGUCGCACCUGGUCCUUUAGGGGCACAGUUACUCCAUUCAGGACUAGGGAGUCCUCCACACCUGCCCGUCCCCUCUCCCUCCAGUCACUCACACAGGACCUUCACUGCCUUCACUGGUUCUGAUUUAAAGGAGAGGUAGAGCUGGGCUUCAUCUGUACCGAUGAACACCCAGCCCAACCCCCCUGAUGAUCUCUCCCAGUUUCUCUGAGAUAGGGAUGAACAUAACUUUCUUGAACCAAAUAAAAUUUUUUAAAAAUUAUCCAGUGGCACCUUAAAGACCAACUAUGUUUGUUCUGGGUAUCUUUCGUGUGCAUGCACACUUCUUCAGAUAUUAAUAAUAAUAAUAAUAAUAAUAAUAAUAAUAAUAAUAAUUUUGACUGUGUCAGUCCAACACGGCUACCUACCUGUUUCUUGAACUAGUUAUCUAGGGUGGACCAUGACGUGUCUUUCCAGCCCUGAGUGAUUACUGGCUGACAAGGAGAAAUACAAUAAACUGUUUACAUUUAAGCACUGUGUUACUUUUAUCAAAAGUUUAGGAUUCAGAGAAGCAAACUUGAUAUGAUUGUACACAUGGUUUUAUCAAGAGUCUGUGUUUUUUUGAGAAUGUACAUGUGUACAUGUGCACAAAAAGAAUCUUAAUGUGUUGCUCACCAGCUCUUUCUCUCCACCACCCCUUGCGCUUUUAGGCCACUCUAUGAGAAGCACUGUGGUGUGGAAGCAAUCACCAUAAUUGCUUUACGGUGUGUAAUGUUUUUCCCAAUGAGUGAAUGGUUCCAACAACUGCUGAAGAAAAAGAAAGAGAACCCAUUACACAUAAAGGUUCAUAAAUGAUGGUCAAUACUUCUUGUUUUCAUGUUUUUUUAAAUCAGUUACAGUUGAUGAUUACAGUAGACCAAUUGUAAAAUGUUAGGUCUUUAACAGACACUGAAACAUUCAUAGAAUUGAGGAUCAUCUGCAGUGCAGGUGUAUGCAGAUGUCCCAUAUAGAGAUCAAACCUGUAACUUUGGCAUUAUCAGCACCAUACUCUAACCAGCUGAGGUAUCCAGACUGAUAACUCUUGAUUCUUGGUCACUUCUUGUAUUUUUAUGUUACAAUUCUUUAUUCAUAAACUUGUCAUAGAACAA